UUAUGCGCGAACUUGACAUGUGUCGAGGAGAGAAGACGGCGCGAGAGGAACGCUUUGUGAGCAAACCCUGGUGUUUUUGUCUGAAGGCAUACUUUGACCUGUAUCUUCUGCAACAAUGGCCUCUAUAAGUGAUAUUCAGAUUAAGGAGCUGGACAAGCGCGCAUCAGGUCAAGCUUUUGAGGUCAUCCUUGGGAGUCCAGCUUCAGAUGCCAAGGGUGAGUUCCCACUCGCCUCUCCAAAGAAAAAGGACCUAUCUUUGGAGGAGAUCCAGAGAAAACUAGAAGCCGCUGAAGAGAGACGCAAGUCUCAUGAAGCAGAGGUUCUGAGGCACUUAGCAGAGAAGCGUGAGCAUGAAAAGGAGGUGCUUCAGAAAGCUCUAGAAGAAAACAACAAUUUCAGCAAGAUGGCUGAGGAGAAACUGAACCAGAAAAUGGAGGCCAAUAAAGAAAACCGAACGGCAAUCUUGGCAGCCAUGAACGAGAAGUUCAAAGAGAAGGACAAGAAGCUGGAAGAGGUUCGGAAGAACAAAGAAACCAAAGAGGUCAGCUGUGAUGAUGGAAAAUAAAAUCGGCAAAUAUAGGGAAUCUUAAGGUGUGCUUUUUCUCAUCACAUGAAAGAAAAAGUUAGGUUUCAUCAUCGUCCAUAUUCAGAAAACAUGACUGCAGCUUUUGUUUUGUAUAUAGCAGUGGUUGUACACCUUCAGCUCUCCUUUUACAAAUCUGAACUGUUUGGACUGCAGCUUUUUCAUUGCCUGAUAUUAGUGGUCUUCAGAACCUGAUCGGGACUUAAAUCCUUAACAUGCCUGUUACUGUCUGCUUUUCUGGAGCUUUUUCACAAGGUUCGGGAGCUUGGUUUUCUUGCUGUAAGCAAAUGACUGUUCUUUGUACAAGUCAGAGGAUGUGUAUUGGAGGGCUUUACAUGUGAAAUGCAAAAAUAGCAAUACGUGUUGACAUCUUUGACCGUUAUCUUGUCUUGAUUUGUACUUAAUAAAAGAAAUACUGAAACUA